AUGACAGAUGCCACUGUGUCCUUCACCAAGGACUUCCUGGCGGGUGGAGUGUCUGCUGCCAUCUCCAAGACGGUGGUGGCGCCCAUCGAGCAGGUCAAGCUGCUGCUGCAGGUGCAACACGCCAGCAAGCAAAUCACUGCAGAUAAGCAAUCCAAGGGCAUUAUAGACUGCGUGGUUUGGAUUCCCAAGGAGCAGGGAGUCCUGUCCUACUGGCGUGGUAACCUGGCCAAAGUCAUCAGACACUUUCCCACCCAGGCUCUCAACUUCGCCUUUAAAGAUAAAUACAAGCAGAUCUUCCUGGGUGGUGUGGACAAGAGAAUCCAGUUUUGGCGCUACUUUGCAGAGAACCUGACAUCAGGUGGCACCGCUGGGGCCACAUCCUUGUGUUUUAUGUAUCCUCUCGAUUUUGCCCGAACCCGUCUAGCAGCUGAUGUGGGCAAAGCUGGAGCUGAAAGAGAAUUCAGAGGGCUCGGUGACUGCCUGGUUAAGAUCUACAAGUCUGAUGGGAUUUUUUUUAUAUAA